AUGAGGAAAUUAUCUCUCGGUCGAGCCUCUCAUUGGCGAUUGGGGCUUAUACUGCCCAAUCCGGACAGUGAGGAUAAGCAUACGAGGGAUGAGCGCAACAUAUCUCGGAGCCAGCUCGAUCCAAUGGUGGACAGCGGUGGUAAAAGCAUCGAAGAUCCGGCAGCUUCCCUUUCGGGUUACGACGAUGCCAUCCAACAAGACCCAUCUUGGCUAGCUCACAUCGCCAUUGUUGUCAGCCUCUCGAAAGCCCGCCAUAUGGAAGCUUACGUCUCUAACCUCACCCGCCAAGCCAACCCACGAGCCAGCGUCGCCUUACGCGACUAUUUUUCGAACAUGGACAAUGCCGAGGACGAAAUCGAUAGCUCGUUGACGGAAAUGCGACGGCUAGUGGUUUUGGGUUCGGAGCCUUUCAAGUUACAAAUGGGGAACCUUCAAACGUGGAUGAGCGCGGCUUUGAUGGAGGAGAAGACGUCCACGGACGGGUUCGAGGAUGUGGUGGAGCGACCAUUGAAGACGGCAGUAUGUAAAAGGGCGAUGAAAAUACUGAAGAAGCUUACGAGCAAUGCUUUGGCGUUGGUUAAUAGUUAUGAAGAAAAGGUGCAAAUUAAUCAGUAAA